AUGGAAAACUAUCAGAAGAUUGAAAAGAUUGGAGAAGGAACAUAUGGAGUUGUUUACAAGGCCCGUGAUCUCUCCAACGGCGGUCGGAUUGUUGCUCUCAAGAAGAUUCGCUUAGAGGCUGAAGAUGAAGGUGUGCCUAGCACGGCCAUCCGAGAGAUCUCUUUGUUGAAGGAGAUGAACGACCCCAACAUCGUGCGCCUGCUCAACAUUGUCCAUGCGGAUGGCCACAAGUUGUACCUUGUCUGUGAAUUUCUCGAGAUGGACCUGAAGAAAUACAUGGAAGCCCUCCCAGUGUCGGAAGGAGGUCGAGGCAAGGCUCUCCCAGAAGGAUCAACAUUGGACAUGCAGAGACUCGGGCUGGGCAAGGACAUGGUCAAGAAAUUCAUGGCGCAGCUGGUCGAAGGUGUCCGCUAUUGUCACAGUCACCGUGUUCUGCACCGCGACUUGAAACCGCAGAACCUGUUGAUUGACCGAGAAGGCAAUUUGAAACUGGCUGAUUUUGGUCUGGCUCGAGCAUUCGGGGUCCCUCUUCGAACAUACACCCACGAGGUGGUCACGCUAUGGUACCGUGCUCCAGAGAUUCUCCUCGGCGGACGACAAUACUCGACAGGCGUUGACAUGUGGUCGGUUGGAGCCAUCUUUGCAGAGAUGUGCACACGCAAGCCCCUUUUCCCAGGUGACUCUGAGAUCGAUGAGAUCUUCAAAAUCUUCAAGCUACUAGGCACACCUGACGAAUCCAAUUGGCCUGGUGUGACUUCUUUCCCAGAUUUCAAGACUACGUUCCCUAAAUGGCGCCGGGAACCGACCAGCAAACUUGUGCCCAGCCUUGAACCAGCUGGAUUGGAGCUCCUGGAAGCCAUGCUCGAGUAUGACCCUGCACACCGCAUCUCCGCUAAAGCAGCUUGCAACCACCCUUAUUUUGCGGCCGGAUCCGCCGCCUAUUCACAACGCACGACAAGUGCUACUAGGACGAACGGGUACCAUUGA